AUGCUGCAGAUGGCAGCAGACAGAGACCGGCAGAGGUGCUCGGGUGUGACAGCCGCCAACGCCAAAGCCAAUGCAACAUCACCGACUCAAACCACUUCGCUGAAAGACUCCAUCCGAGCCUACCUUUACCAACCACAGAACUGGAUCGCACCGAUCCUAGCAGCAGGUGUCGGCAUUGGCCUUUGGUCUUUCUACCAGAACUACCUACGCCGCUUCCCCGGGAGCGAACACAUCGCCCCGAGCUUCUUUCGUCGCCGUAGUUUGCUCGGCAAGGUCACGAGCGUUGGCGACGGCGACGGCUUCCAUCUCUUUCACACGCCCGGUGGCCGCCUGGCCGGUUGGGGCUGGCUGCGCCAUGUGCCAACAGACAGGAAGGUGUUGAAAGGUCGAACCAUCUCGGUCCGUCUUGCAGGCAUCGACGCCCCUGAAGGCGCAUACUUUGGCCGACCUGCGCAACCCUACGCCGCCGAAGCGCUCGCAUACCUCGAAUCUUUGAUCCUCAACCGCCGCGUUCGCGCUUAUAUCUACCGUCGCGACCAGUACGACCGCGUCGUCGCCACUGUGUACGUGCGAACACCUCCCUUCUUUUUCCCGCGCAAGGAUGUCUCCCUCGAGAUGCUGAAGCGUGGUUUGGCAACCACAUACGAAGGCAAGUUUGGGGCCGAAUUCGGGGGCGCCAAGCUGGAGCGGUUAUACAAGGAAACCGAGGCAGAGGCCAGGCGGCAGGGAAAAGGAAUGUGGUCGAUUGAGAAACCACGGCUUUCGAAAGGAUUUUUCAACAAUGCGCUGGGGCGAAAGAACGGGCCGGCUCGUGGUGUUGUCGAGACGCCAAUGGAGUAUAAGAAACGCAUGAGAGCCGAAGAGAAGAAAGGGAAUGCUCGUUAA